UAAUUCCUUGAACCCCAUCUUCUCUUAAACCCUUUAUUCCUAAACCCCAUCUCUCCUCUCACCAUUUUUUUCUUACCAUCAUGAGGCUCUUCUUCUCACUUUCCUCUCUCUCUUCUUCUCUCUCUUCUUCCUCCUCUCUUUCUUUUCCAUCACGCCCUCUCCUUCUUCACUUUUCUCAAUUUUCAACUUCUUCUUCUUGGCGCCCCGACGAAGAUUCUCGAAAUGUAAAGGUUUCUGUCUGGUGGGACUUUGAGAAUUGCAGCAUUCCUUUGGGUACAAAUGUCUUUAAGGUUUCCCAUUUAAUCACUUCUGCUGUUAGGGCCAAUGGCAUCAAAGGUCCUCUUCAGAUUUAUGCUUUUGGUGACGUUUUCCAGCUCUCCAGGGCCAACCAGGAGGCUCUCUCUUCUACUGGAAUUAGCCUCAAUCACGUUCCUCACGGUGGUAAAAACAGUGCUGAUAGGUCUCUUCUUAUAGAUCUUAUGUGCUGGGUUUCUCAAAACCCUCCACCAGCACAUCUUUUUCUAAUUUCUGGUGAUAAGGACUUUGCCAGCGUUCUGCACCGUUUGAGAAUGAAUAAUUACAACGUGUUGCUAGCAAGCACUGAAUGUGCUCCUGAUGUUUUAUGCAGUGCUGCAAGCAUCAUGUGGCAUUGGCAUGCUUUGAUUAGAGAGGAAAAUCUUGUCGGAAGGCAUUUUAGUCGACCACCUGAUGCUUUUUACGAUCAUUUUAAGGUUCCUCUUGAAGACCCAUUUUCAGUUAAUGGGAAAGAGAAUUUACGAGUUGAGGAGGUUUCUGAGCUCAGUACAGAUCCUAUGCCCCGUCCUGUUCCGAAGGCAGUCAUUAGGCAAAUACACAACAUCUUGAGGUUGUAUCCCAAAGGAAUCUCCAUUACAGACCUUCGUUCAGAGUUGGGGAGUUGUAUAUAUAUAGAUAAGGACUUGUAUGGUUACAAAAAGUUUUCUCGGUUUCUUCAGUCAAUGCCACAGAUUUUAAAGCUUCAAGCAAAUGGUGGUGGCCACUUUAUUAUCCGUAGUGUCACUCCAAAGCAGCCCAAAGAAGAAUUAGAGUCCAGUAUAGGUACAUUUUGUAAUGGCACUGAAGAGCAGGACCCUAAUCUGACAGCAAAGUUAAGUAACAAUGAUUCCCCAACAGAACCAAUGUGUGUACCAGUCCUCUCUGAUGCGCACACCCAAAGCAGACCAUUGAAGGAGAAACCAACUUCCGAAUUUGGGAAGCUCAUUGGUGAAGCUAUGGAAGGGGAACCAUCAAGAUCCCCUGUUUCUGAGCAUCGUGCUAUAGAAGAUUCAAAGCAGACAAAUAAAGUUGAAGCUGACAGUAUUGAAGCUGACAGUAAUACGACUCCUUCAAUUGGAGAGCAUUCUAAGGCCAAGAUGGAAUUUUUGAGAAGAAUAUGGAGAAGGCUUUCAGGCAAUAAUGAUACUAUGUCUGGAAAUGGAAGUAAUUGUAUUUCUGAAAAAUGCUCUACAACAGACGAUACUUCAAAGCAGAAAAGUUGUGGUGGCCUUGUGGCAAAUUAUUCUAGUGACAAGCUUGGGGAGGCAAAAACUGAAGAAAGAACUGCUGAGCCAAUGAGUGAAGAUGCUAAUUCAGUUCAUCAAGUCUUGAAUUCACCACCCGAUUGUGAGUCUGUUAAGCCUCUGAAAGAAGUCAUAGUUGCCAGUGCACAUGAUGAUAAAUCUAGUUCUAAUCAAGGACUACUUGGUAGCAUUAGAAAUUGGUUCAAGCUUUGGGGAAAGAGUACUGAGAACAGAGAAGUCAGCGAGCAUAAUUGUGAACAAAACCAGUUAAAGAAUCAAUCUGGGAAACAUCAUCUUUUUUCCAGCAGUUCUACUGAGAACAGUGAGGUCAGCGAGCAUUCUUGUGAACAAAACCAGUUAAAGAAUCAAUCUGGGAAACACCAUCUUUCUUCCAGCAGUUCUACUGAGAACAAUGAACUCAUCGAGCAUUCUUGUGAACAAAACCAGUUAAAGAAUCAAUCUGGGAAACACAAUCUUUUUUCCAGUAGUUCUUUCUGGCAAGACAUGCAAUCUUUUAUGGAAACACCUACAGGAGUGGAGAUUAUUUCACGGUCAAAAACCAGGUCUGAGAUAGCCCAAAAUCUGCUAGAGAGAGGACCUCCGAUUCUGAAUACUUUAAGCACUAGCGAACUCUUCGACUUAUUGGAAUUAUUAAUAUCAGACAAGAAAUGGGUGGAGGAAUUCCCAUCUAAAAUAUUUCCUUUUAAGCUCACUCUCUCUAUUUCAAGGAAAAACUCUUGCAUGAAACGAUUGGAUCGAGCAAAUGGGUUGGCAUCAAUCUUUGCAAACAAAGAGUCACGGCUCAGUUUCCAGGGACCUCGAAAACAUGAUUCAGAUUCAGAUAAGAAAAAUGAAAAUAUUCCUCCUGAAGCUGGAACUAAUAAAAUUAUGACUGAAAACAAGUUUCGUGAGAGGACAAAAUACGAUAUGUUAGGUGACUGUCAAAAUCUCGUGGAUGAGAUCUUAAGGGAUCACCCAGAAGGAUAUAAUAUAGGCAACUUCAGAAGACAGUUUCUUGAGAAGUAUGGGUAUCAUCUUGAUUUGAAGAAGCUUGGUUAUCCUAAGUUGGCAUCGUUGCUGCAGAUAAUGCCUGGAGUGACAAUACUAUCCACAUUUAUAGUUCCUACCAGUAAUGCUCCAAACGAUUCAAUGCUGGAAACAACUCUUCCUAGUAAUUCUGAGAAAAAAACUUUUGAUGCCGUAGCAAAAUCGAACUCUGAUAAUGAAUCAUCUGACCUGCCUAAGAAGGAUGAUGAUUCUGAGUCCGUAUGGGAAGAAUUGGGUCCAGCCUGCGCAGAUGGCAGCAACAAAGAGGAAUUGACAUUGAGUAGUGAAACAACAGAAGCGACAGAGAAAGAAACAAAAGUUUAUUAUGAACCCUUUCUUUCAGAGGAUGAAACUGAUGGAGAGUCUUGUUCUGCUACGGAAGUGCCAGCCAAACAACCAACAAGGGAGGAAGAAAGUUCUUUAAUACAUAUCCUAGAUUCAUGGUAUAGCAGCAAAGAAAACAUUAGGAAAGACAAGACAGAAAAUAGGGAUGAGACCUUUGUUUUUUCAGAAGAUAGCUUGAAGCUUGCUAGUUUAGCUUCCAAAAAUGAAGCAAAAACAGGAAGCAUUGGUACAAAGAAAAGACAUCGAAAGAGCUAUUGUUUUGUUUCAGACACCACUGAAAAUAGCAAGGAUAAGCUGAUCGAUGGGAUUUUGGGUACCUUGAAAAAAUCCAGCGAGUCACAAGAUAAACUGAAUCAAGCAUGAUGGAAAAUAUGGCAAGUUCACCUUUUGUUUUCUUGAAUCAAGUUUCUUUGGUUCUCGGUGAGGGGAAAUAAAUAUGACUUGAGUAGAAACUAGAAAGCAAGGAAAUCUUUCUAUUUAGUGAAAAGGAUAAAAGAUGAGAGAAGAAACUAAACUGAAGCUAGUGAAAUAGUUAACAUAAGAUUUGACAUUAUUUUUUGGGUGCAAAACUGAAGUCAAAUGUUUUCCUUUUACUAACUUAGCUUUCAAGUUGUAAAAUUCCUUGAAUUAGAUGGUAAAACUUAAGCUAUAGACAAGCCAAAGUAUUCAGCCAGAUGGUUCUUUGUUCAGCUAAAUAGUAGUUUCUAUCCUUCAUCCUCGACUGCUGGAGCAAUUUUCUUGAAUGAAGAGGCUAAAAAGAAGAUUUUUUUUUCA